GGGAAAAAAAAACCAAUCUCUCCACAGUUCCUCUCUAGUCUCUGUAGAAUUGAGGCGUUGGGUGAAUGGGAAACCGCGUCGCAGAUCUUCACUCCCUAACCACGUUCCAGGAGCUGCUCAAGUGCCCCGUUUGCUUCAACUUUAUGCCGUCUCCAAUUUAUCAGAAUUCAGUGGUUGCAAUGCCUGGACUGCCUGGAAUGCAAGCAGUGGCACUGAGUAUAAACGGUGAUAAAGCCAUGUUCUAUAAUGUCAGGCUCUUGGGGGCACAGGACACCCUCAUGGAUCUGUCUGGAACACACUACUUUAACCAGUGUUACAUCCAAGGAAGCAUUGACUUUAUCUUUGGUGGGGCAAGAUCAAUCUAUAAGGGAUGUGUCAUCGAAUCAAUAACGACAACUUCAGGAGCAAUUGCAGCUCAUCGCAUGGAAUCACCUAAUGAUGGCACAGGAUUCUCCUUUGUAAACUGCACAAUCAUUGGAAUUGGUAAGCCAAACCUGUUUUCUUUCUUAAUUAGUGUGUCACAUUGCAGGGUGAUGUUUCAAGCUACCCUUGCUAAAGUUGGUCACCAUUUGUUUAGGAGGGGAUGAUGGUAGUAUGGCAAUAGCCACAACACAAAUAAAACUGAAAACAACAACCAUCCCCUCUUCUCCCACUCAAACAAAUCACAAUCCCCACUUCCCAUUUGAAAACAUAACACUAAUUACAGCAUAUCCCACCUUCAAGCCCCCCCACAAACCAAAAGACGGGACAAGUUUAUCCCUAGAUACCAAAAAGGCUUGACAAUAGAAAACAAUUGAAAUUGAUAAAAUACAACAUAUCUAAGCAUUUAUCAAAAGCUUUAGACAAUAAAACAACAGUUUUCACAAUCAAUAGAAUAACUUGUCUUUAUUUCACUAAAAUAACAAUAAUACAAAUGAAUGACAACUUCUAGUCAAGUUUCUCAUUUAGUGUCAUGUGAUUAAUUUCACAUUUGAAUAAUUUCACAUUUGAAGAUAUAUGGGAGAGUCCCAUCUCAGCCCGCUACCAAAUUUAUUGACUAUUUUCAAUUCGUUUUAUUAUUUAAUCUAUUGGGUCUGUACGCAACAGACAUCUUAAUUUUGUUUUAUUUUUUCUUUCCUUUUAUUUCUUAUUUUCCUUAUAUUUUUUCUCAAAAUUUUCGAAAAUCAAAUAUAGUCUUAAAAUUUUAUAAUUUGUUCAUCUAAAGUUUCAAGAGGUAGCAUAGAUCAAGUGGUGCUGCAUGUACCUAGAAUUUGCCUUACACAUCUAAUAAAUAAGCAUAAUAUAUCACCUAACUAGAUUUCACCUUAUACAUGCAUCCAAUAAAUAUAAUAAUAAUAAAUAACCUACGGGAUGAG